AUGGAAGAAGCUCGGGCAAUGCUGGAUGCCCUCAUGGGCCCAAGCCGCAACCAAGCCAGCAAGGACACCGAGACACCAGACUUUGCAGACGAAAAGGUUUGCAAGAACUUUUUGGUUGGAUUCUGCCCUCACGACUGGUUCACUACAUCCAGGCGCAAGAUGCCUCCCUGCAAUAAGAUCCAUUCGGAGGUGCUCCGUGACACGUUUGAGGCCCAUCCCGAGGUUGUCAAGUAUCGGCGCACCUUCGAAGAGCAGUUCCUGAAGUACCUGGAACGAGUCACACGUGAGUGCGACAUGUUCAUUGGUCGGGAGAAGAUUAAAUGUCGGCCGAAAGGUUCGGGAGGCGUAACCACGCGAAUGCCGCCGGACGUGCAAGAAAAGUACGAUGCCUUGCAGAAGGAGCACCAGAAAUUGGUGAAGGAGGCUGAGGAAAAGGCAGAUGAGUCUCUCAGCCGAAGUGAGGAGCUGACCCGGCAGGCUCUGGAGGUGGAGCAGGAGCUGAAUGAUUAUCAGAAGCGCUACCGGUUUGAGUUUCCUGGUGAAGAGGUUUGUGAGGUGUGCGGUGUUCGCUAUGCUUCGCAAGCGGCGGACAAUCCAGAUUGGCACGAGCGUGCCUCACACCUCAACGGCAAGAUGCACCAUGGCUGGUUGCAGAUUCGGCAGAAAUUGCAGCAGCUGAAGGAGAAAGAGCGCUUGUGGGAGCGCGAGGAUUAUCGAGAGGAGCAGGAGAAGGCGAACGGCGAAACGCUCGCGGAGCCGAAGGUCCGGCAAGCCGUCGAAGAGGAGACAGCGUCGACCCAGCUCCUCUGCAUCAAAGCAUGCAAGGAAUACAAGGAAUACAAGGCACAAGAAUCGGAAGUCCAGGGCACGUCAGUGGCGAAAGGGCUUUUCUAUUUGAUUCCAAGGUUGCAGCUUCACAGCCAGGCUGAAGAGAGGGAGAUGUUGCAACGAGAGCAUCAGAAGGUGUGGGAAGAUCUGCAGCAGUACCGGCAAAAGCAUAACGACAAGGAGAGAAACUUGCGGGCAUUUGUGCGGUUGGCGCAAGAUGCUUUCUCCAUGGUAACGGAGCUUCAGGAGAAUUUCGUGGAGCAGACUCGCCGAUACCAGGAGUUGUCACAGCAUGUUCGCGCCCAGCAGCAAGAGAUGCAGCAGGAUAUCUUGGAGGCGGAGCAGGUGGCUGCUCUCUCCCUGCAAUGCGCCGGCGAGCUGAAGAGUGUUCUAGGUCACGCACGUGAUAUGAGUUCGGCUGGGGAGGAGCAAUGGAAGCAAGAUGCCCACCGACUGCAAGAGCAACUGCACAACCUCCAUGCGAACCAUCGAGAAGCAGCUAGAACUGUGCGUGAGUUUCGCCAGGCAGAUGAUGCAAGAAAGCAGGAGGAGGAUCGUCGAAGAGAGGAGCAGGCGAAGCUGGCCGAAGAGAGGAAGAAAACGAUGAUGGAGCGCCACGGACUCGUCACCAGCCCAAACAUCAUCAGGCAGAUGGCGCAGGCCAUGGUUGGCAUUGAGGUGGACAAGAUUGUGUCGAACUUGGUUUUCUGCUGCACUGCUUCAUGCUGGGAUUUGCGCAUUCGCAAGGACCAGAAACACCGACGAGAGAAGCCAGACGGGGUCUCGGCAUGCACCGUGAAUAAGAGAAAGACGGUUGAUGAGAUGAUGAUGCCGAUCACUGCCACAGGCAUAGCAACAAACCAGGUCAAGCUCCAAUGGUCCAAGGCGCCGUACAGGGAAUGGUCGGAGAAGUGCUCCUGCGACCUGUCGCAGGUCAUGAGCUUGGGAUAUGCCUUCGCUGCCCGAGCGACGUGGCUCUUCCCGGACCAGGUGUCCCCGCAUCAUUGUUUCUCGUUGCAAACUCCAGCCCGUUCCUUCGACUUCAUCUGUUUUUCCGACAACGAUGUGGAGGCUUUGGUGCUGGUGAUCAGCAGGCUGUGCACUAGGAUCCGCGGCUGGCCCCUGCAUGGCGGCGUGAGCUCCCACGCGAAGUGCGCCAUGUUCGGUGUGUUUUACGUGUUUGUUCGUGUCGAUUGCAGCCUGGCUUUGACUUGUUACGCAGCCGUUCUGACAUGGUAUAAGCAAACAUGUAAUGGCCGGUCUUUCUGCCGUGACAUGCAAAUCCAACUGUAG